GACCCGGAGCCAAGCGGGUCUGGGCGGGCGGGGGGCUCGGCUGGAGAGACCACUGGACUUGGAUCGCAGCAGCACUUCAGGGACGCAGUGUAGUCAACUGACAGAGCCACCAUGGGGACGACAGCCCCAGGUCCCAUCCACCUGCUGGAGCUGUGUGACCAGAAGCUCAUGGAGUUCAUCUGUAAUGUGGACAAUAAGGACUUGGUCUGGCUCGAGGAGAUCGAGGAGGAGGCCAAGCGCAUGUUCACCAGAGAAUUCAGCAAAGAGCCUGAGUUGAUGCCCAAGACACCUUCUCAGAAGAAUCGACGGAAGAAAAGACGGGUUUCUUAUGCUCAGGAUGAAAACAGAGACCCAGUAAGGAAAAGGUUAUCCCGCAGAAAGUCUCGGAGCAGCCAGCUGAGCUCCCGGCACCUCCGCAGCAAGGACAAGGUAGAGAAGCUGGCCACGGUGGUUGGGGAGAAUGGCUCCGUCCCACGGCGGGUGACCCGUGCUGCGGCCGUGGCUGCCAACGCAGCCUUGGCUGCCCUUUCAGCCACUUCUGAGUCCCCCACGGCACUGACCAAGAAGCCCAAGCACAGCCCUGCCCAGGACAAGCUGAUCCCCUUGGUGGAGAUAAGUGUCGGUGAGCACCAGAGUGCCGAGCGGCAGCUCAGCAAGCUCAGGGCCGCCCAGGCCACGCGGCAGGCUCCCUCCCCAACCCCGACUCCAGCCUCGGCUACAGCCAACCAGGGCGCCCUGACGUCAGACGAGGAGUCCACACCCAAGAAGUCCGAGGCUGGGAGAUUGGAGUCUGUCACCUUGAGCUCCCUGAUGGCGACGCCCCAGGACCCCAGGGGCGGAGGGGCCGGGGCAGGGCGGUCGGCCUCCAAGCUGAGGAUCGCACGGGCCUCCCCGGGCCCGCAGGACUCGCCUGGCCCUCUGGACUGUCCGUGGCGGGAGCGGGUGCUGGCUCCCAUCCUGCCCAAUAAUGUCUCGACCUCGACGGGCUCCCACCUGAACCGGCGGUCAGUGAGGCGCAGCCUCAUUGCCCCGUCCUCCCUGGGUCCCCAGGCCUCGCUGAGCCAGAAUUAUUCUCUGGUAGCCAAACAGGAGAGCCGCGCCCGCAGGUCAAGCAGAAGUGUCGCCAAGAAGGCCCUCAAAGAGCCUGCGCCCUCAGCCCGCAUCAUCUGUCACAGUUACCUGGAGAGGCUCCUGGAUGUCGAGGUGCCCCAGAAAGUCUGCCCUGAGCAGGAGCCCAGCAAGGAGGUUGAGCCCGUGGAGGCAGCUGAGCCGGAGGUUCCCAAGAACGAAGGGAGGACCUCGGGGCCUGGCGGUGCCGCCAAGAUCACCCCCAGCACACCAGGCUCACGGCGUGCCGCUGAUGGCCCAGCAGCGCCCUCGGAAGGGCAGCGAGAGGCCAAGACUGACCAAACAGAUGAGCCGAAGGAGCCACCCCAGAGUGUCAGGAGGAAGCGCAGCUACAAGCAGGCGGUGAGUGAGCCGGAUGAGGAGCAGCCCCUGGAGGAUGAGGACGAGGAGCUGCAGCCCCCCAGGAGCAAGACCCCGUCCCCGCCCUGUCCGGCCAGCAAGGUGGUGCGGCCCCUGCGGACCUUCCUCCACACCGUGCAGCGGAACCAGAUGCUCAUGACCCCCACCUCCGGCCUCCGCAGCAGCGGCAUGAAGUCCUUCAUUAAGCGCAAUACCCCCCUGCGCAUGGACCCCAAGUGCAGCUUCGUCGAGAAGGAGCGGCAGCGCCUGGAGAACCUGCGGCGGAAGGAGGAGGCGGAGCAGCUCCGCAGACAGAAGGUGGAGGAGGACAAGCGGCGGCGGCUGGAGGAGGUGAAGCUGAAGCGGGAAGAGCGUCUCCGCAAAGUUCUACAGGCCCGGGAGCGGGUGGAACAGAUGAAGGAGGAGAAGAAGAAGCAGAUUGAGCAGAAGUUUGCUCAGAUCGACGAGAAGACUGAGAAGGCCAAGGAGGAGCGGUUGGCAGAGGAAAAGGCCAAGAAAAAGGCAGCAGCCAAGAAGAUGGAGGAGGUGGAGGCACGCAGGAGGCAGGAGGAGGAGGCUCGGAGGCUCAAGUGGCUGCAGCAGGAGGAGGAAGAGCGGCAGCACCAAGAACUGCUGCAGAAGAAGAAGGAGGAGGAGCUGGAGCGGCUGCGAAAGGCGGCCGAGGCCAAGAGGCUGGCGGAGCAGCGCGAGCAGGAGCGGCAGCUGGCGGAGCAGGAGCGGAAGAGGGAGCAGGAGCGGAAGAGGGAGCUCGAGCGGCUCCAGGCCGAGAGGGAGCAGCAGGAGAAGGAGAAGGCCCUGCGGCUGCAGAAGGAGCGACUGCAGAAGGAACUGGAGGAGAAAAAGAGAAAGGAAGAGCAGCAGCGCCUGGCUGAGCGUCGGCUGCAGGAGGAGCAGGAGAAGAAAGCUAAGGAGGCGGCAGCGGCAAGCAAAAACCUGAAUGUGACUGUGGACGUGCAGUCUCCUGCGUGUACCUCUUAUCAAAUGACCCCACAAGGACCCAAGGGGCCCCCCAAGAUCAACCCGGAUAACUACGGCAUGGACCUGAAUAGCGAUGACUCCACUGACGACGAGGCCCAUCCCCGGAAGCCCAUCCCUGCCUGGGCCAGCGGCACCCAGCUCAGCCAGGCCAUCAUCCACCAGUACUACCACCCCCCAAACCUUCUGGAGCUCUUCGGAACCAUUCUCCCACUGGACUUGGAGGACAUCUUCAAGAAGAGCAAGCCCCGCUACCAUAAGCGCACUAGCUCUGCCGUCUGGAACUCACCACCCCUGCAGGGCUCCAGGGUCCCUGGCAGCUUGGCCUACAGCCUGAAGAGGCACUGAGGCAGACCCAAGGGCCGUGUCAGGCAGUCUCAGCCCCGUGUGUCUGUCUGUCUCUGUGGAUCUGGUGCCCUCCGCUGGGUGUGCAUCUCUGAGGGUUUGGUCAGCAGUGUGCAUUGCUGUCGUCUGUGUGCGGGUGUUUCUGCUGCAGGUGGAAGGUGAACCCAGGCCUGUCUGACGC